AUGAAGGACCAAAUCCCAACAGGCUCAUAUGUCAUCCGCAACAGGCAAACCUCCACAGUCAUCCACGUCGACAACCCCAACACCACCAAUGCCUCGCUGAACAAGAAAUGGAGCGUUGUAGCCUGCGAGCAGAACGAGUCCAGGUAUCCCGAGCAGCAGGUCUGGUGGAUCGAGCCCAUCCCAACCAGCGGUGACGAUGAUGGAGAGGCUGUGACAUAUUCCAUCACGAACUGCGCGACGGGGAGGUGCCUGGAUGCGAAUCUGGGGGGUGCGAAUGCUUAUUUCAUGCCGAGACAUGAAGUUACGAAGGGUGAAUGGCGGCUUGUGGCCUACCAGAACAGCGGAGCGCCAUGGCAGAAAUGGAGGAUUGAGAAUGUGUCGGAUGAUAAGGACGAGCCCUACUACCGCAUCGUCAACGUCUGGAACAACGAGCUCCUCUCCAUCGCCCGCUCAGGCGCCGAAGCCGGCGAAUCCGGGCCCCGCUGCAACAUCGGCAAGGCCGAAGCCACGCCCAUCAAGACCUGGGAACUCAUCGUGCCCAUCGUCGCCUUCCCGCCCGGCUGGUGCCGCAUUCAGAACUGCGAGACCCUCGACCUCCUCAGCCAGUCGUAUCUCUCGGGCCCGCCCGUGCUGCUCAAACCCUCGGCCGCCAUCCCGCCACCGCAGCCGCAGUCCCGCGAGAGCUGGACAGACCAGUGGGUCCUUGCGCACACGAGCUACCUGUUCCCGGACUUCAAGAUCACCACGGGGGCCAACACGUGGUGCGUGCGUAACCGCCUCACCGGCGGGUAUCUGGGGUGCGUGUAUGCCGACAGGUAUCCGUUCAUUGGCGGGCAGUGUAGUGUGUCGGCGAAUGACUGGGACCUGACGGAGGACGAUAUCGCGGCCCAUACGUGGAAGCUGGAGAUUGAUCCGGGCUGCACGAUGAAUUGGAAGCUGAUACACCAUAAGACGGGGUGUCUGCUGGAGAAGGGAGUGGCGGUGGUGAGUGGUGGGGUGGAGGUGCUGUGUAGGGAUAGGAAGUUUACGAGGGGGAAUAGGCAUAAGACGUGGAUGUUGAUAUCGCCGGUUGUUGAGAGCGAUGAAGCGGAGGCACCACCGGAAUAUGAAAUCCAGGCCCAUCAACCUGUGAGGGCGCCAUAA